GGGCGGGGGGUGGGGAUAAAAGCUGCUGGAUAAAGGGCACCGAGGUCAGGAGGGCGACGGGGGACCGGUGACCGGACCGCGCGUAGGCGCUGUGUGUUCGGGCCCGAGUCCGCCGGCGGGCAGCGGGAGCUUGCGGAGCUCCCCGGGGCAAAGCCGCGCCUGUGUGCAUUGGAACCUGGUUUGGAUUUCCUCCAGCUCUGGUGGGUGUGUUCAGCAGCGACGUGCGGUGUCGGUGGGGACCGUGGCAUUUUCCUUGCGCUGCCCCAGAGCUCGAAAUGCAAGCUUCUCCCAGGGUGCCCGCGCCCCCGCCUCCCCCGCCAGGUGCGUCCUGGGUGCGCUGAAGCUGGCAGGCGUCUGAGAGAUGGUCUCAGAGCCUUCAUCCCCGCCGACAUGGAGGGGAGGCUGCCAUCUGUAAAAGCGGAAAGAAAACCCAGUCUGAUGAAAACCAAAAGAAGAAGGGAAAGCAGUUACAAAACCCAAAAGAGACGGCGUGGCUGCGUUUUAGGGAAACGCUCGGAGUGGACAAGUUCAUCAAGACAAGGCACACGGGGGUUCCGAGGGGCUGGGGGAGGGAGUGACUGAUUACAAUUGUACUCAGUGUGAAUUUUGCCUCAUUUUUUUUUUAAAUGGAGGCAGAAAAAUAAAAUAAAACCAGAUCUCCACAUUGGAGCGGGUACCAGGAGCUGCCUCGUGCGGUGGGAGUGAGAGUUAAUCCAGGGACCGGCGGCACAGGACGGGCACCCUGAUAACUCCCAGGGGCUGGUUACUUCCUGCUGCGCCUGAAUUCCCCCGGGGGAUUUUCUCAGCCUCCUUGACCUAGAGCCGUAGGCUACAAUGAGCCCAUUAUUUAAAUCGGCAACUUCCGCGUGGAUUUCUGUGUCCCUUUGUGGUACCUGAGAACUCAGUUUUUUUUUUUUCUUUCAAGUCAAGUUUGCAGAAGUUUCUUAUUUUACUCCAUCACAAUGAGCAAGAAAAGGCAAAGUUGAGCUCAGAGGAAGCUGGAUGGGGAACCAUCCUGCGGAGUGUCUGUGAACCUGAGAGCGAACAUGCCCACGGGCGCCAGCUGCACGCCCGCCCCCCGGGGCAGGUGCAGCGGGAGACUCUCAGGAGAAAAGUGGACCCAAGACGCUGAAGGGCGGAGGGACAGGUGGUGGAAAACGCAGCAGCUACAACCAGAGAGCGCGAGGACGCCUCAGAAUGUGGCCCUCCCCGCCCCGCCCGCUGCCCGUCCCCCUCCUGACUAAGGGCCGCUCAGCUCAAACCACAAGGGCAUUGCACAAAGUGCAGAUGUGAAAAUUAAGGCAGUGGCCCCGAGGGGACGGAGGAGCAGAGCGGACCAGCCCAAGGAAGGACCUCCCCCAGGGCCUCGGGGGGUGCAGGGUGGGGGCCCCUCGUCCCACACAGCGCAGAGCGUCGGGGACAAGACGCGGAGGAAGGCUGGGUGUGGCCGUGUCCAGCUCGCAGGUGGAGGAAGUUCGCUGCUUCUCCAUUCCCCGGAGACAUGCGAUGCGAACCAGUGCUUCCACGUCCUGUGGGCAGCCCCACGUGUCUCCUGGUGAUCACCAUUCUGCUGUCCCUGCUGCUGGACCCCGCAUUCCUCCUGACCCAGGGGCACCAGGAUCUUCCAAGCGUGGAACCAAACUCCAGUCUAAAUGUGAAAUUCGACCCCAAGAAAAUGCAAUUAACUUGGGACUGCAAGGAAAACGCUACCAGCGGGCACUGUGUGAUGACUCACAAGGAGAAAGGACAGAUUAAGAAACAGAUGAAACGAUGUCAGUGCACCUUUCAAGACAAUUCUCUCCAUGGGGGAGUCACGCUCACGGUUGAAGUAUAUGUCAACCAAAGGCCAAUUUCAGAAACACUGGUCUACACUAAUCCAGGCAAGGAGGGCACAGCUGCCCAAAACUUCUCCUGUCUUGUCUACAAUGCGGAUUUCCUGAACUGCACCUGGGCAAAGGGCCACGCCGCCCCCGAUGACGUCCAGUAUUUUUUGUAUAUACGAAACUCGACGAGAAAAAGUGAGAGAGAAUGUCCUCAUUACCUAACAGACGCGGGAACAAACGUGGGAUGCCACCUCCAAGACCUGUCGGGAUUAACUUCGUACAACUACUUCCUCGUCAACGGUACCAGCCGAGAGACAGGAAUCCAGUUCUUUGACUCGAUCCUGUUGUUAAAGGAAAUAGAGAGAUACAGUCCACCCCACAAUAUCACCGUAAACUGCAAUGAGUCACACUGCCUCGUCCGGUGGGAAAAGCCCAGGACCCGGAAAAACUGGUCCAACAGGGAGUUUCAGUACCAGCUGGACAUCUGGAGACAAAGUAAUUCUGGACACAGUGAAAAUCAACUGAUCGUGGUGUCUGGCGACUCAGAAAAUCGAUACAACUUUCCGAGCCCGGAGCCCAGAGGCACACAGAUGGUGAAGAUUCGAACGGCAGAUGCCCGGAGAGCCCACUGGGGUGACUGGAGCCAGCCCGUUCAGUUCGGCUCUGAAGAGCCGGAAUCCAGCCUGGUGCUUGUGUACGUGCUGGUGGUGCUGGGGACCCUCGCGGGCGGCCUGGCCUGCGGCUGCCUUUUCAAAAGGUUCCUGGGGUCGCACAGUUUAUUCCCGCCAAUUCCAAGGAUCAGAGACAAACUGAAAGAUGACCAUCAGAUUGACCACCAGGUACGUACGGGGUUGGGAUGGAGACGGAGGUGGAACAGCGACCCGGUAAUCUCGUCCGUAUUCACACAAAGGGGACCACAGGAUGUGGCUGGAGUGUCCCGUGUCCUGCUCACCGGCCAGUUCCCCGGGACCUCCAGGGUCCCGCCCACCUCACAAGGCCAGGACGAGCCACGUCCUCCCCACCGCCUCCAACUCCGUGCUGUCCCACCUUCUGCCGACCCAUCGCUCAGAUGUCCGUCUCCCAGGCUGUCCUGCGCCCGCCGGCUACACGCUCCCACUCGGAGCCCGCGCAGUUCUCUGUCGUACACCCCCUAUGGCUGCCGCUCCCAGGGCCCCUGAGGACCUGACACCCCCACCCUUCUCCC